GGAUGCAUACACUUCAUCUCGUUACAUUACGAAUUGAGGCAACAUGGAAGCUCCAUUUAAAAUGACAUUUUUCUUCUUCAUCCUGCUUGCAUCUUGUUUGCUUAUUGAAAAUGUAUCAAUAGUUGACGCCAGGGUAGCUACAGAGGUAGUAUUGCCACUAGCAAAAUCGCCACCAUUCAAGCAAAAGCCACCUCCACGGUGCUCCGGUCCAGAUGAUUGUAAUCGUAAAUGCACAGGAAACAUCCGCGUUUGUAAUGGCGGUUUUUGCUUGUGUAUUCCUGGAAAUCCAGAUUGUUGUUAGAUAUACAGUUUUGGGUUUCCACUUAUCCAAUUCACUGUUAUUAGUGGGAAAAAUGUUAUUUCUCAAUAAUAUGGAAUAAAACCUUAUAUUUGCU